AUGGCUGCGUUUCCCGAGGAAGACACAAACCUAUCCAAAUUCAAAGACGUUUGCAACGAUAACGUGAUUAUUAUCAGGAGCAUUGAUCAAAUGGAAGGGAAACAAGAGCGACCGAAGCUUGAUCCUCCAAAACAAGCUUUGGAAAAUAUUAGUAAGCAAAUGUCUGGAAAUUUUGGUGCACAAUCGCCACGAUAUGGUAGCAGUUGUACUAAACUGCUCCAUUUGGGCGUGCAAGAUGGUGAUGGCAUGAGAAGAAUUCCUUCUGAAGGAAAGAUGAAUUGCCUUUGCUCCCCCACUACCCAUGCCGGAUCUUUUCGGUGCCGCCUCCAUAGAACUAGUAGCAAUACUAACAAUAAUUCUAGCUCCGGAGGUAGAUCAUUUAAUAGUUUGUCCAAUCUCGCAGGUGACCAUGAUUAAAUUAUGACUGCAUCCUUGAAGAUGGAUUUUGAUAUGAUUUGAAUUGUAACAUAUGAUACUGGAUG